GUAAUAUGGCAAAGUUUCUAUUGUCGUAAUGCAGUUAAUUUAAAAUUCUCAAACAUUUAUGAAAACAAUCAUCAUACCUAAGUGUUUACUGUUGUAAGAAUGAAUUUUUUAAAAAUUAUUUUAUUGUCCAUUACUUUCUACAAUUUUCAAGCUAUUUUAAGUGAAGCAAAUAAAUCAAAUAUUCAACACUGGUUCAAAAUGAAACUCCACAGUGAGGUGAACAAAGAAUGCGAAUCAAAAGCAAAUUAUUCAAUUAAUUCAAAAGUUUAUGGUGAAUAUCGAACUAUUUUGGAACAAUAUUGGGAGCCUCUUUAUUACUGGAAUACAGAGAAAUUUGAUUACGUUCUUCAAAACGUUUAUAAUAUAAGAAUGAUUGAAAAAUUGAAGGAAAUAAUUAAUCUCAUACAGGGUUGUUUAGAUAAUGGAAACCAAUUAGAUCCCAAUGAAUUGGUUAUGGUUAUCGAUCAUAUUCUCACUAUUCACGCCAAAAGAGUUUUACUGCUUAAUUCAGAAAUGAUUGCUGAAAUGGGAGCUUGUAGGUUCAUAGUAAAAGCUGAUGUUUUGAAAAAGUGUGAAAAAGAAUUCGAAAAUAUUCUAUAUAAUCCGUCGAUAAAUGAUAUAACUCUAUUUCAAUUACUGACAGGUUCCAUAGUAUCUUCCACAUCUUGCAAGGAAAUCCUACCAUUAGAACAAUGUUUCAUGAAGGCUUUUGCUCCAUGCAAACCGAGCGCAAGAAAAAUUGUUAAACUCAUUCUCAGUCCAACCGACAAUGAGAAUAUUAUUUGUGAAGAAUUUCUCAAAGAAAUAGAAUUAUAUGACAAUGACAAUGUUAAUGGCAUUAUGUCACGUACAUUUAAAUAUUUUAAAAAUCAUCAACCAUUGUUUCGCGUACAAUAAAUGUGCUGGCUUUUUUAAAAG